GCAAAAAUCCUCCUUGUGCUCAUUGGCAUUCGUUGUUCGUACUGUCCCUGUUUCAGCGGAAUAAAAAUUGACUUGACCGAGCGAGUUCUGGUUUAAAAAAAAAAAAAAACGACAAAUUCCUUUGCACGAAGAAGAUGCAAAAAUCAAAGAUACUGCUCACUUUCUCUCUUUUUUUUUUUUUUGCCUCACACGCUAAAACUUGGCUUGGUUUUAAAUAAUUUCGUAUUCGUUGAGUAGUUUUCGUUCUCUCUCGGGCAUCGUAUUGUUUUCUACCGGCUUGAAACGAGCGAACGAUAUCGGAACAUGCUAUUGUAUAAUUACGAAGGUGAUCUUAGCAAUUUUUAAUAACGUAACCUUGAUAUUAUGUCCACUGUAAUUUUCUACGUGUCUAAUGUUUACCGAUGGAAGGAGCUUCAUUACGUAGUUUGCAUUUGAGGUAACUAUUAGACGAAUGCGCAAGUGAUUUCAACCAAUCGGAAUGAUUUUUAUUGAAGUGGAUUUCGUAGUUUCUAGAUUCAUUUUGUUUCAAUUCACGGACGUAAUUAACUUCCGAUAUAAAGAGAUGUAACGAUAGCAAUACUAAUUAUUGUAUCAUGACAGUAAUAUUAAUCGUAUUUGUUCAUUAUGCUCGCUUAUAUCCUUGAAAAUCUUUCUACGUAAUACCUACAUAUAUUUUUAGAAUUUUAUCAGAAGAUAAAGUUAGUGUGUUCGUUAAUGUGUGUGUGUGUGUGUGUGUGUGUGUAUGUUUCCUAGUUUUGACGUAUUCUUUUAUUUCGAUUAUUUUUCUAUAGUUCGUCAGUAAAUUAAAAAUCAUUGUCAAGUAAUUAAAAUUAAUAUUUAUCGUUCAGCAUCAAAAAUUGACAGUAAACAAUUGAAAUUUUUCAAAUUGAAUGGUUUUCGUCAGAAUUAGGAUUAUUGCAAUGCUAAUUAAAAAAUCGUUUUUUAUUGUCGAAACAAAGCAGAUGCGUAUGAUAUUCCGAUAUCCCAUGAUAAAUGAAGUUAUCAAUACAUUAAAUAAUUCUUUUUCCCAAGUUUUCAGCUUAUUGUACAGCACGUUGCAAUGUUUAACAUAUUAUUCAAUAUUACUAAAUUUUGUUAUUUUACUUUUAUAUCAUUUUCAAUAUUAUUUCAAUUUUUUUUUUUUUUUAUUUUCAACAUUACUAAUCUACCAAUUAAUCAAUCCAGUGUUCAGAAGUUAACGUCUUUCUAAUAGAAUGAAAGCAAUGAAAUACGAGUCACGAACGGAAGAAAGUAAAACUAGCCAAUGUUGAUUCGUUUGUUAAAAUCAAGACACGAUCGAACAGAGAUUCUCUUAUAUAAACGUUGCUUGCAAAAUACAAAUUUAUCUCGAUAUUUGUCAAGUCACUCUUGUCAAACUCUCCUAACCAAGAGAUCUGCGACAAUUAAUAAGAGGUCCCGAGAAGGGGAAAGUAGCAUAAUGACGGAGGAAUACGUGUCUUCUUUAACCAACAAAAUGACGAUCCUUGGGCUCGCAUGAAUUGUAUAAAUCGAUCACACGUCAAUGCGAAACAAGCUAAACUUUUGCAUACAGAAUAGUAAAGAUGUCUGGAAUGGAGAAUGUCACCAAUCUCGGUCUACGAGUGGAGAAAUUCAAGAAGAAUUUCCUCAAGCACUUCCAAGCCAAUUAUCCAACCUUGUAUCAUAUUUUCCUCGAUCCGAUAGGCACUCAUAAAAAGUCGCGUGCGUUCAUCGGUUUUCUGCUUGGAUUUUUUCUCGGCGUUCUUCUAUACGAAUGCAUUAUCAUUGAUCUACAAUUCGAUCCGUAUACGAGCGUGUGUCUCGGUGGUAUCGUAAUUACAAUGCUCUCGAUUGGAUGUGCUAUGUCGAUUCAGGUGAGAUGCAUUUGCAUUCUAACGAUACCAGCGUUUUUUGGCCGAGCAGGUCGAAGUAUGUUGAGAGCACUGAUCCUUGGUUACGUAAUUGCCGGGCCAUUGUUCAAUUUAGUAUACAACGCCAAGGAAGUAGUGAGAACGUUCGGUUGUACCACUCAGCUAACGUACAAUCUUACCAAGACGCGAUUUGACUUAAUGUUCAAACCAUUUCAACAGGCGAUCCUUGCUAUGAAAGCGGAUUCAAACGAGAUAAAAGAGACCCUGUCUUCGGUGAGGGAUUUGAUGAGCCCGAUUGUCGAAGAAGUGGAGGGGGAGAGUGAAAUGUUACGAUUGAAAGAGGAGAACGAUUACCUGGACGAGUUGCAAGGUGACACGAAGAGAAGCAAGGAGAUCGAAGAGAAGCACGAGAAGAAAGCUGAGAAAGCCAAAUCGGACGCGGAAGCGUACGAAGCGAACUAUAAGAAGAAGAUUGAAGCUCGAUGCGAGGAGCAACUUAGUCGCGGUGCUGGAAGAUGCAGGGACAUGUUCGGCAACGCUUAUGACAAGUGUUACGAAGCAGUGACGAUAUUCGUUGCUUGGCUCCUGUGCUGGCCGAUGAAGCUGACUUUCGUUUGUAAUCUGGUCCAAGCACUGGGUGGUUCUAGCAUCUGUGAUCCUGAAGGGAAGGUGGAUAGCGGCAUCGGCGAAGGAUACGUCGCACUGAAAAGUGCGCGGGACGAAUUCAGCAGAAGCUUGAAGGACGCGAAGCUCCAGUACAAAGUGAAGAAGCCUUCGGUGAUUUUGGAUCUCCAAGACUCGGCGUAUGCGGCAAAGGCGGUGAUACACGAAUUCGCUGUGCGAAGAAGGCUUUUCGAGUCGGUGAUGACCAUCGUGAAAAGAUGCUUGUCCUUUGUAUUUCUAAAAAUUAUCCUCAACGCUCAGACCUACCACGACAAAUAUUUAACCGACAUUGAGUUCGAUAACGUGUACGUGACGCCUUAUUUUCGGAAAAUAGACGCGAGGAGGAAAGCACGCGGCAGUGUGACCCUGUUACCAUUGAAGAAAAUAGAGCAGAGGAAGUUCGUUGAUCCCUAUGCCGUGAAACCGAGCAAAGCGGAAAGAUUUCAUUUGACUGGACAGACAGUUAAGUUGCUCUUCGAACUCAUCACUGCCACAGUUUUCGUCAUUCUGGAUUGGUUGUUCUACGAAGCGUUGGAUUUAAUUAGGAGGCACGCUUAUAUGGAGUACACUCAGGCUGGCCUGCACGACCUAUCACUCGAAAUCCGUGGCACCGGAGUGGUCGCUUCACUGAUCAGAAGCGCGAUCCGCGGUUUCAACGUGAAGAAACGGAUCAAAACUGUCGUUACGAACAGCGCGUGUCUUCCGCGGCCCACGAAACUGCCCACUUACGUAAUCAUCAAGAUUUACGGCACAUUCCUCGCCAUUUUCCUCCUCAUCUUCCUGUCAGUGUACACCGAACGGCUACGACGUGGAAUCUGCUCGUUCUUUUAUCGAAGAAGGGAGAAGAGACGGGUGUUGUACCUCUACAACGAGAGCCUACGACGUAGGCUGUCGCACGCCAAGUCCAUGAGGGCCAAGGUGAAGAACAUGGUAAGGACGCGUCAUUUGGAGAACGAGGCGAAUUUCUGGCUGGCUGUGAGGCUCAAGUGGCCAGAUCGUUUCGGCUGGCUCAGGUUCUUCGCCUGCGCCAGAGAUAGGUGUUUGAUUUGCGGCGACACGGAGCCUAGAAAAGAGCCGAGGUACCGGGCUUGCGCCACGCCAGGUUGCCCUUUCUUGCACUGUGCCGAAUGUUGGCGAGACGUGGGCAGGGUUUGCUACGCCUGCACCGAGUUCUCCGAUACCGAGACGGAGGAAUACGACACUCAGCGUAGUGAUUUUUAAUUCGCUCGUUGAAGCUCAACGAAACACAGGAAAAAAUUUUUUUUAACAAUUCCGAUCUCGAAAUUAUUUGAAACUGACGACGAGCAACAUAUUACACUUUCUUGACUGACUGUAAUUAAAGUUGUGCGAUCGUAAUAAUUAUUCGCCGACAAAUAAAAUAAUCUAGGGUCCAAACUACGAUAUCAUCAGAAACGUGUAAGGCCAUCUCUACGUAUAAAUCUCACGUAGCAAACUUGACAAGAAGUCUCAGAUUUCACGGGGAAGGAACGAGAAAACUUAAAACGUGCAUUUACUAGGUUGAAUUUAUGAGAGCCGUGGUACUCGAACGGAAUAGAAAACGUCCGACAGUACCAAGUAAAAUACUUCCUAGUUCUGUAAUAAUGGUAUUAUCGGAUUCAAGGAACAUCCGCGUCUCUAUUAAAUCUCCAAUGAUGUCGACGUCGUAUCAAGGCAAUGUACAUAAGUGUAAUGAGUUCCAGACGCGGAACGAUUUACGUUUAUUUCGUGUAAUUCAAGGAAAGGUUGCGAUUAUCCGAUGAAUCUAUUGGAAUACCACAUCAGAGUUUCGCAAAUUGCAUAAAAUUCUGUUUACGCGUGCAAAGAAAGCAAAGACUAAAAUAUUAUUCUUUGCUUUCUUUGUGCUAUCUUUUUUUUUUUAUUCAAUUUAACACUAAGAAUAAACUGAUACCAAGCUUAGAAAAAGAACAACUUGUUAGAUUCACGGACAUGUGUUUCCUGGAAAUAUUUAUGAAGACAAUCUAUGAAGUAUUUUCUAAAUUAUUUUUGGAACGUUCAAUACAUAUUUAACUUGACAACU